AUGCCCAAAACAGCUUUAUUUGUGGUCGACACACAAGCCGGCCUUAUCUCGAUUCCCGACACUGCUAUACCCCACAGCGCUCGCAUCUGGGAAGUUGGGAACAAAAUCCUAGACCGCGCACGAAACGUUGCCAGCACUGAGCUCGAGAUCGUCAUAGUUCAGCAUUCAGACGAUGCAGAAGACCCCAAUGCGAGCCUUCUCCCUGGGACAAAAGAAUGGGAGCUGUCAUUGCCCAUGAAAGUGGGCGCCGAUAACGAGAGAAUUGUUUCCAAAACGACUCGGGAUACAUUCAAGUCCAAUCCAUCACUGGCAGAUGAGCUCAAGAGCCAGGGGAUCACCACUAUUGUAGCCUUUGGGAUUCAAAGUGAGUGCUGCGUGCUCGAGACUUGUCGCGGGGCUGUGGAAGCGGGGUUUACGGUUGUUUUGCUUCAGGGAGCGCAUUCGACUUAUGAUAACCAGGCUACUGGGCUUAGGGCAGAGCAGAUUGAAAGGCAGGUUGAGCAGGAGUUAUGCGCUAUUGGUGUUCAGGUGGUGCCUUGGGAGCAAUAUGUGUUUUAG